AUGAGACUGAUCCACAUCACCAUACUGGCUCUCGUGGCUUUGCUUCAUAUCACCGCUGCCACGCCGUUCACAUACGACAACAGCUCGUUCUUUCUCCAUGGAGAGCCAUUCACCAUCAUUGGGGGUCAGAUGGACCCUCAACGUAUCCCCCCGGAAUAUUGGAGAGACAGGCUAUCAAAGGCCAGUGCAAUGGGUUUGAACACUAUUUUCAGCUAUGUGUAUUGGAAUUUGCUGGAACCAGAACCUGGGCAGUGGCGAAGCAAUGAGCCGUCGAACGAUGUAGCCACGUACUUAAAGAUUGCCCAGGAGGAAGGCUUAGCUGUGGUCUUGCGUCCUGGCCCUUACAUCUGUGGCGAGAGAGAAUGGGGUGGCUUUCCCGCGUGGCUGAGCCGUGUUCCUGGGCUGACCGUGCGAACGUACAAUGAGCCAUAUUUAAACUAUUCGAUAAGAUACUUGGAGCGUCUAGCUGCCGACUUACAGCACCUACAGGUGACGGAAGGCGGGCCGUUAAUAAUGGUUCAGGUCGAGAAUGAGUAUGGCUCUUACGGCUCUAAUCAUGCGUAUACGGAGGCUCUUAGGGAUUUUCUCUUGAAAAAUUACGAUGUACCCUUGUAUACUAACGACGGAGGCGUUGAAUUUACACUGGUCGGAGGGAGUGUCCCUGGGGUACUUGCAGAAAUUGAUGGCGACCCCGUGAGCGGCUUUGCGGCUCGCGAUAAGUAUAUCACAGAUCCAUCAAAACUAGGACCACUCCUUGAUGGCGAGUACUACACUUUUGCGCCUGAUACCUGGGGCUCAGAGAGCCCCCAUAAUGCCGCCGGGGACACAGAUGUGGCACGAUUCGUGCAAGACUUAGACUGGGUAUUAGGAGCGAAUAAUUCUAUCAGCCUUUAUAUGUUCCACGGAGGUACCAAUUUUGCCCUGGGAAGCGGCUCUAUCUGGAAAAAUAAAACCAGUGCCUUUACCACAAGUUAUGAUUAUGGCUCGCCUCUUGACGAGAGUGGACGGACUACGGACUAUUAUUUUACACUAAGGGACACCAUCCAGAAGUAUUCGAAUCGCAGCCUCCCGGAGCCUCCAAUAAAUGUUCCGCUCUCGAGUAUUCCCGCAAUUGAGCUGGCGCCCAGGAUGCCUCUGUUUGACACUGCAGUCACAAACACACCUAGCGACUUCCCCAGCACAAUGGAGGAGCUUGAUCAGGAUUACGGUUUUGUACUGUACGAGCACAAGGUGACGCAGGCCGUUUCCGGUCUGCUUCAGCCAGGCGACCGCCCCAGGGACCGAGUAAUUGUCUACGUGAACGAGGCUCGCAUUGGUGUCAUUGACAGCAUUUACCAGUUCCCAAUGAACAUUACCUUGGACGUCCGCCCAGGAGACACGCUCUCCCUUCUGGUUGAGAAUCUUGGCCGGGUUGACUAUUGGUCGCUAGAGGCCUAUACAUUUGAUGGCUUGACUGAUCCAUACAAGGGCAUCGUAGGGAAUGUCACGAUCGGAGACUCCACAGUCAGAAAUUGGACGAUGAAGUCGUUCCCCUUAGGCAACGUACCUUUGUUUACGUCGAACACUAAUGCCUCGGAAGUUGCAGCAACACCAUUGCUGUACUCCGGUACCUUCAAGGCCCAGAACUACUCCACUUCAGCAGAACUUGAUACUUUUCUUGCAAUCCCUAACGGUAGAAAGGGUAUGGUAUGGGUCAAUGGCUUCAGUCUUGGCAGAUAUUGGAUCAUCGGGCCGCAGCAAUCCCUCUAUCUGCCAGGCACUGUUCUGAAAGCUGGAGAAGACAACGAAAUUGUGGUACUCGAACUUGAGCCGGAACCACAUCAGCCGAUGUUUGCGAGAGGAGAGGCAGUGCGCACAUGGGGGAAUAAUCCCGACCCGGACUACAUGCAGGAGACCUCUCCACUGUAUCAAAAUGUAGCCGCGAACCGCGAAAUAGUAGGGGUCAUGGGGAUCGAGAGUCCCACCAACGGGGAUUACGUGGUGUGUCCAGACGAUAAUUCUGAACGCCCAGAUGCGGUAGACUCGCAGAGACACUGGAACGAGAGUAUCGUGGGGUAUUUGGAGAUAUUGUCGCCUCGAGGCAAGAAGGAUGAUGACCAUGAAGAGCAAAAGAGGUCCGUCGAAGUCCACCGGCCGUCGGGAGAGGACACGGUGAAGAGCCCUCUUGCACAAGGACAUUUGAAAGACGAAGCAAGCAGUCCAACGGUACAAAUUUCAGCUCCGGCGGAGCUUACCGGCUUGACUGGCCAGUACCUUGUUGGAAAGGACGACAGUUUAGUAUCAGAUCAAGAACGCCAGAAGCAUGGCACGUCUAAUGGUCUAGCUUCUGCUACUAUGGCCUCUGGGGCAAUCGGGGAACAGAAUCCAUUAUCAUGA